AUGGAAGCAGCAGAGGAUACCACCAUCUUCCAGGUCACAGAGGAGGGUCAUCUACUCCACCAACACCACGACCAGCUGGCGCAACUGGGUGCGGCCAUGGACAAGGUCCUCCUCGUUCUCCACCGCCUCAACACCAUCCGCGAGGCUCUCCAUACACCUAACAGAGGGCCUCCUACCACGGGUCGUCACAGUGAGGCUCUCCAUACACCUAACAGAGGGCCUCCUACCACGGGUUGUCACAGUGAGGCUCUCCAUACACCUAACAGAGGGCCUCCUACCACGGGUUGUCACAGUGAGGCUCUCCAUACACCUAACAGAGGGCCUCCUACCACGGGUCGUCACAGUGAGGCUCUCCAUACACCUAACAGAGGGCCUCCUACCACGGGUUGUCACAGUGAGGCUCUCCAUACACCUAACAGAGGGCCUCCUACCACGGGUUGUCACAGUGAGGCUCUCCAUACACCUAACAGAGGGCCUCCUACCACGGGUCGUCACAGUGAGGCUCUCCAUACACCUAACAGAGGGCCUCCUACCACGGGUCGUCACAGUGAGGCUCUCCAUACACCUAACAGAGGGCCUCCUACCACGGGUCGUCACAGUGAGGCUCUCCAUACACCUAACAGAGGGCCUCCUACCACGGGUUGUCACAGUGAGGCUCUCCAUACACCUAACAGAGGGCCUCCUACCACGGGUCGUCACAGUGAGGCUCUCCAUACACCUAACAGAGGGCCUCCUACCACGGGUUGUCACAGUGAGGCUCUCCAUACACCUAACAGAGGGCCUCCUACCACGGGUCGUCACAGUGAGGCUCUCCAUACACCUAACAGAGGGCCUCCUACCACGGGUCGUCACAGUGAGGCUCUCCAUACACCUAACAGAGGGCCUCCUACCACGGGUCGUCACAGUGAGGCUCUCCAUACACCUAACAGAGGGCCUCCUACCACGGGUUGUCACAGUGAGGCUCUCCAUACACCUAACAGAGGGCCUCCUACCACGGGUCGUCACAGUGAGGCUCUCCAUACACCUAACAGAGGGCCUCCUACCACGGGUUGUCACAGUGAGGCUCUCCAUACACCUAACAGAGGGCCUCCUACCACGGGUUGUCACAGUGAGGCUCUCCAUACACCUAACAGAGGGCCUCCUACCACGGGUCGUCACAGUGAGGCUCUCCAUACACCUAACAGAGGGCCUCCUACCACGGGUCGUCACAGUGAGGCUCUCCAUACACCUAACAGAGGGCCUCCUACCACGGGUCGUCACAGUGAGGCUCUCCAUACACCUAACAGAGGGCCUCCUACCACGGGUUGUCACAGUGAGGCUCUCCAUACACCUAACAGAGGGCCUCCUACCACGGGUCGUCACAGUGAGGCUCUCCAUACACCUAACAGAGGGCCUCCUACCACGGGUCGUCACAGUGAGGCUCUCCAUACACCUAACAGAGGGCCUCCUACCACGGGUUGUCACAGUGAGGCUCUCCAUACACCUAACAGAGGGCCUCCUACCACGGGUCGUCACAGUGAGGCUCUCCAUACACCUAACAGAGGGCCUCCUACCACGGGUUGUCACAGUGAGGCUCUCCAUACACCUAACAGAGGGCCUCCUACCACGGGUCGUCACAGUGAGGCUCUCCAUACACCUAACAGAGGGCCUCCUACCACGGGUUGUCACAGUGAGCCGCUGCCGUACGCCCAGGUCAGCGACGUCUGA